AUGGCGACCGGAGAAUUGAACAAGCCAGACGUCGUCGUUUCAAUCGAGCUCCCUGCUCCUGCUGGCUGGGUGAAGAAGUAUACUCCAAAGAAAGGAGGUACCCCACAGAGGAAUGACAUUGUUUUUAUAUCUCCUACCGGGGAAGAGAUCAAGAAUAAGCGACAACUGGAUCAAUACCUCAAAUCUCACCCUGGAGGCCCUGCCGUCACCGAAUUUGACUGGGGUACAGGGGAUACUCCUAGGCGCUCCGCGAGGUUGAGUGAGAAAUCAAAGGCACCCGAGGGACCCAUGAGCUCGUCACCAAAGAAAAGGAGAAAAAAAUUGAGUCCACAGGGAAACGACGAGAAGAGUAAUGCUGAUGCAGAAGGCGAAACUCAAGAAACUAAAGAAGAUGCUGAUGUGGACAUGAACGAAGCUGAGAACAAUGAAGUCAUUACCACAGAGGCUAUCCCAGAGAAACCUAACACCGAAAAAGUCGAGACAGAAACUGAGACCAAGGCAGUUUUGGAUGAACCUUCUGCAGUUGAAACACAAAAUGAUACUGAAACCAAAAAUUCAAACGCUAAUGUUCAGAAAUGCAAUGAAGUCAUUACCAAAGAGGCUAUCCCAGAGAAACCUGAUACCGGAAAAGUCGAGACAGAGACUGAGACCAAGGCAGUUGUGGAUGACCCUUCUGCAGCUGAAACACAAAAUCAUUCUGAAACCGAAAAAUCAAACGCUAAUGUUCAGAAAUGCAAUGAUGUGGCUCCAGAGGAAUCAUCUGCCGCUGAAGCUCAUAAUCACAGCAAUACUGAGAAUUUUAAUGAGGAUGUUGAAAAAUCCAAUGAUGCAAUAAACAAGGAGUCGGAGGCAUUUCCCAAGAAAGCUCCAGAUGGGAAGGUCGAUUGUGCAGAACCAGUUGCUGAAGAUAAGAAUGGCCUGAAAGCUGAUCAUGAGUCAGAAAAGCCCCGAGACUGA